AUGAUCUAUCCAGGGUUUAGGUUGUCGUGCGGUCACUCGCUGUGCUGCAGCUGUAUAUGCAGGCUGAUUGAUGCCGAAGCAGCAGCACCACGUUCUCUGCUGCAGCUGCUGCGGGAGGUUGCUGCUGUGCGGCGCCAGGUCAACGAGCUGCAGCAGCAGCAGCAGCAGCAGCAGCAGCAGCAGCAGCAGCAAGAGCAGCAGCAAGAGCAGCAGCAGCUGCUGCAGCAGCAGCAGCAGGGCACCAAUAUCUUCGCUGCUGCUGCUGCUGCACAUAAUGCAGGGUUUCUAUCGUGGGGAGCUGCAAAUGCAGCAACAGCAGCAGCAGCAACAGCUGCUGCUGCACAUAAUGCAGGGUUUCUAUCGUGGGGAGCUGCAAAUGCAGCAACAGCAGCAGCAGCAGCAACAGCAGCAGCAGCAGCAGCAGCAACAGCAGCAGCAGCAGAGCAGCAAAGGCUCAGGAGUCUACUCUCUUCUUCUCUUCUUGCUGCUCCUGUUCGUUGCCCUUGCUGCCGCUGCUGGAGCCGCGUAGCAGCAGAAAACCUCGCGCUGCUGCAGUCUGCUGAGGAGGAGGAGCAGCACCGCAGACGUCGUUUGGAGGAGCAGCAGCAGCAGCAGCAGCAGCAGCAGCAGCAAGAGCAGCAGCAGCGAAGACGCGAGCUGAAGCGGAGGCCCCCAGGAACAGAGGAGAACAGCAACGAGCAGCAAAUGUGA